UUCACGCCUGAAGCUCUGCAAGCAUUUUUAGAAAAAUGCAAAGCUCCCAUCAAAGAACUAUAUCUUACAAAUCACAUAAAUCUUGUUGAUGCUCAUUUGGAAUAUCUUACUCAAUAUGCGAUUAAAAAGGAAACAUUGAAAAAACUUGGUGUAUCUUCGUAUUGCUCCCUCACCGGAGAAGCACUGCGAGAAGCCAGCGAGGUUAUGAUGGUUACAAGAUAUGGUGUUAGGUUACUGUCCUUAGUUGGAAGACGAUGA